AUGGAUCGGUCUUGCUCGUCCCUUGCGCUCUGCUGCGUCCUGCUGCUCGUGCACGGCGCGGCGAGGCGAGCCGAAGCGGCGAUGUACAGCGUCGGCAACAGCGCCGGCUGGGACAUCAGCGCCGACUUCCCGUCCUGGCUCGACGGCAAGUCGUUCUACGUCGGCGACACCCUAGUGUUCCAGUACUCGAAGUACCACACCGUGAGCGAGGUCGACGCGGCGGGGUACAGGAACUGCAGCACGGCCAACGCGGUGCUCACCAGCAGCGACGGCAACACGACGGUGCCCCUGACGGCGCCCGGCGACCGCUACUUCGUCUGCGGCAACGAGCUGCACUGCCUCGGGGGCAUGAGGCUGCACGUGCCCGUCGUCGAGACUCCCACGUCGGCGGGAGCCCCGGGUGGCGGCGCCGCGCCGGGGGGCGCGGGCGCCCUCGCGCCCGGCGCCGGCGGCGAAGCGGGCGUCCCGACGCUCGACUUCGGCGGGUCCCACCGGCUAAUGGUGGGGCCCGCGGCGGCGACGUGGCUGUGCGUAGCCGCAGCACUGUUUGUGUGGUGAACUGGUGAUUGGUUGAAGAUGAAGAAACGAAGAGCAUAGGUGUGUCAGUUUUAUACAACUUGCAUAGAUUUUAUUCAUGCGUUUGAAAUUGCGACUGCGAACGGCGAGUUUGUGAUGUUUUUGGACCAUGUCGACGUCAUUUUUCUGGCACCUGC